ACUUCGCCGGCUGCACUUGGCAACAAGUCUGUCUGCAAGCGACUGCGACUCCAAUUGAGGGUCAAGGUCAGCGCUCGCGCAUCAGCUGCUGCGCAUGUGUGACGACCACGACUGCGGCCGCGACGGUGACUCCGCGAAAGCUGCGCUCCGAGUUUCUGGAGCCGCACGCGGAUGAGCAAGAAGCAGAGAGCGGUUAGCAGGCCGGUUUGGCCACUUUUCGCGGUUCUCCAUGCUUAAGUGCGGUGCGAUCGCGGGGCGACCGAGUAAUCGCCGCAUUUACUUAGGCCUACGAGGGGCGGUACGAAAGUUCUAAAUGGCCACACUCAUCUGCAUUUGGGUAUGCGUGCAUACGGGUAAAGAUACAAAUGUAUCUCAAUGAUUUUGGAAUAAUUCUGUAUGUAUGUAUUACUGGUUGUAGUAGUCGAAAUGUCUGACAACUUUCGAUAUUUCCAUUAUAAAUUCAAACACUAAAUACAACUUAUUCCGAAAGUGAGCCAAAAUUGCCGUACAGUACAAUAUAAAAUUCAAAAAAUGUCCAAAAGCAAUUGCAAUGACUGCACAUGCCGUUUGGCCAACGAGGUGGGCCAGCUAAAGGACCGCAUCCCAUAGCCAUUGUGAAUGCCCAGAGCAGGACGCUCGCCAAGCUGGUCCGCCAGAUGAAGGAUGGCUGCAAGAAGGACGAGGAGGCCAAGGAGUCCACUCUGUGCGGUCUGAAUCCCUGCCUGAAGUGCCUGCAGCCAGACAUAUUGUACCACCUGGGCCUGAGUACGGACACCACGGACUUUCCCAAGGUUUUUGGGGAUGUGAGGUUCGUUUGUAUGGGAGGCACUCCGGGGCGGAUGGAAAACUUUGCCUACUACGUGAUGCAGGAGAUUGGGCUGAAGAUAAACGCGGCCACCAAGCUACGGAACAUAUCGGAGGCCGGCCAGCGAUUCUCCUUGUUCAAGGUGGGUCCCGUGCUCUGCGCCAGCCACGGAAUGGGCUGUCCCUCGAUCUCCAUCCUGCUGCACGAACUCAUCAAGAUGAUGUACCACGCCAAGUGCAAGGAUCCCGUCUUCAUCAGAAUUGGCACCAGCGGCGGCAUUGGCGUUGAGCCCGGAACCGUGAUCAUCUCCUCCGAGGCGAUUGAUGGUCGCUUAAAUCCCGCCCACGAGAUCCUCGUGCACGGCGUCAGUGUCCAGCAUGCCAGCCAGCUGGAUGAGAGUCUGGCCGAUGAAAUCAAGAUGUGCCACGAUCCCUGCAAGGACACUUACGAUGCCGUCAUCGGCCGGACCCUGUGUGCCCAUGACUUCUACGAGGGUCAGUCGCGCUUGGAUGGAGCCUUUUGCGAGUACACGCCCGAAAUGAAGAAGGCCUACUUGGAGCAGCUGCAGAGCCAGGAGGUGAAGAACAUCGAGAUGGAGAGCUUGGCCUUUGCCGCCCUCACCAGUCGGGCCAACAUCAGGGGCGCAGUCGUCUGUGUGGCCAUCCUGAAUCGCCUGAAUGGGGAUCAAAUCAAAACGCCACAUGAGAUUUUGUCCAAGUGGGAGAAGCGACCCCAGGAGCUUGUGGCCCGCUAUAUACGCAAGGCUCUGUACCAUAACGAAAAUGACGAUGACUCGGAGCAGCCGGAGGACGAGACCGAAGGAGCAGCAGCUGGGAAUGGGGCCGGGGCUGGUGACACCCAAAAGGCGCCUGCAGAGGAAGCCGAGUAGUCUAGUCCUUCAUGUCUAGGUAAACGGAUGUGCAAUGGUAGUUCAAAGUUUCGAUCAUUAAACACACGUCUGGUUGUUCAGUUCAA